UUCCCCUUCCUUCCUCCCACCCUCGAUUGCACAUGACUAUGAUAAUGACACCUGUCAAUUCUCGAUUCAAAGGAAUUCUGUGAGUAAUAAGUGUAGUAAUCACUGGAAUCGUUUAUCAGUAGGAGUUACAACAGAGUUCCAGCUCCGCGUUUCAACUGAAUUGCAGUUAAGUUUCAGUCAUGCAGUCUGCAUCUUCCAAUAUCGUCGCAAAUAACUGGGAGGAAGUGGAUAGCAAAGAAAUUACAAACCUUGUCUCCGAAACAAACGGCCGAAAAGAAAACGCUUUACGUGUAAAGGAAGAUGUACUUCUUCAUCACUUGGAUAUCAGCAUUGUAGAGGCCGAAAAACGCAUAAAUGGACCAUUGACACUGAAAGAAUACUACUCUGUUUACCUAAUCGAGACAAAGGCCAAUGACAAAAAUUGGAGAGGUGGACUUUCUCCUACUGGUUCGGUAUGGAGACGUUACAGUGAGUUUGAAUUGUUGAGGUUUCAGUUGGAAAACAAAUAUCCAGAGGUUAUUAUUCCACCUCUGCCUGAGAAAAAAGCCUCAUUUACGAGACAAAAUCAAAGUAGUGAUAACAUCGAUCCUGUUUUCGUCGAUCGUCGAAGAGUAGGAUUGGAGAACUUCCUCUUACGCGUUGCCUCCCACCCCGUUUUAUGUCACGACCAAGUCUUGCUCAAGUUUUUGCAGUCAGACCGAGAAUGGUCGGAUCUCGAUGUAAAUGCAGAUGGCGGGAAAUAUGUUCAACAGGCCGAAUUUAAAUUGAAGUCUAUCAGUACUGCUUUGAGACUGAAGAAGCCGGAUGAGAAUAUCGAAGAAAUCCGCCAUUAUAGUUCAGAAUUACAGUCGUCGUUAGGAAACCUGUUGAGGCUUCGUGUACGUCUAGCAGAUCGCCUCUUUGCUAUUCAUAAGUUGCAUGCUAACUAUGGACGAGUUUUCAGCGAAUGGAGUGCCUUGGAGAAAACGAUGGGAGAUGGUCUACAGAAAGCUGGACAUUACAUGGAUUGUUACGCCGCAGCCAUUGAUUCCCACAUGGAAGAGGAAGAUAUUGUUGCCGAUCAGUUGAAAGAAUAUCUUUAUUUUGGGCAAGCACUGCAAGGUCUCUGCAGCCGACAUCAAAUGGCUCAACUUGAAGUUGAGAAAGCCGAGUCUCACCUCACUAUGCAGCAGUACAACAAGAGCAGAGCGGUGGGUCAAGAUGGUUAUCUCACCAAACUUUGGGGUAAGUGGACUGGAACGACCGAAACACCAGAUGAUAGGCAGGCCAAAAUUGAGACCAUUGAACGAAACAUCGAUGAAGCUCAAGUUUUAGUUCAAACAGCAUCAACACAACUUAGUCAAUUUUCCAAGCAAGCCGCAAAUGAGGUUGACCGCUUUCAUCAGCACAAAAACGCUAAUCUGCAAGAAUCAUUGGCUAAUUACGUUAUACUCCAAAUGAAAUUAUCCAAAUUGGGCCUGCAAACUUGGAAACAUGUCAAAGAAGCCCUGGAUGAGCUGCCUUGAGAACUGAUUGCCUGCUGAACUACUUCUUUCGUCUGUGAUUCUGUCUCGCCUCACAAAUCCACUUUCUCAGCUGAUAAUCUUGCAUAAUCGAUUUGUUAUAGGAGAUGUUGUCUUUAUAUUCUCUCGGCUACCUUUUUUUGCCCACCUUUUCAUUCCUAAUGUGUUCGUGUGCUCUUCUAAACUGUCUAGCCUUUGAUAUUUUGUCUUCGAUGUCACCAGAAUCCAUGUACACAGAUUUACCGCAACUCCAUAA